AAUACCGAUUGUGUAUAUAUAAGGACCACACUACCCGGCAUCGGCAUCACACUACAUCUCCUCACAUCAAGUGUACACAUUGACCACAGGUUGAAGUUUGCAGAUUUGUUGUAAAGAACGCUAGAAAAAAUCACCUAACCGAAAUGGCUUCUUUCAAGUAUCUGAUAUUCAUCACCUUGGCCGUGUACUCCGUUGUUGCCGAAGAAGGAGUAAGAGAAAAGAAACAUGCCUACAUCGCCGCUGCCCCAGCUCCGAUUUUAGGUUACUCUGUCACUGCCCCCGGAUCGUUCUCAUAUGCAUACUCUGGUUACAACUAUCCGUACCACUAUCCAGUAGCAAAAGCUGUACCAUUCCACGCUGCACCCGUCGCAUACCCGGGAGCCGUGUACCCAGCCACGACAUAUGCCGCCCACGCAUACCCGAGCUACCCCGAAGAUGAUGGUCAAUACUGGCCAGGCAAAUACGAAAAAAUCGAAGUCCCAGCUUACAAGGCUGUUUACCCAAGUUAUGCUGCCGAAGAUGACGGCCAAUACUGGCCCGGAAAAUACGAAAAGGUCGACGCCUCAGCUUACAAGGCCGAACACCACUACUAGGUACUCCCACAACAACGAUUCUCAACCUUCCGCGGGCAAAAAGCUCGCAGUCUUUCUUAUUCGACUUUUAACAAUAAAAACGUGAUCUUAAUUUUUUCAUAAA